GUGUGCAAAAUACGUGGGGCUCUAACAGACCUAUUUGAAGGGACAUUAAUCAUUGGAAUAAAGAGCCCGUAUUUAAACAAAUUCUAAACGUUUAAUUGACAUGUCACUUUCACUUUCCCUGUAAAUAAAGGGUACAUUCACAUGUGGUUUCUCAUAAUUCAAUAGCGCUCAAUAAUACAAUACUUUUAGAGAACUUGCAAAUGCUUCACCUUGAAAUAAUAAGUUAACAUGUUUAUCGAUUCGUUAUUAAAUGGUUUAGGAAAAACCCAUCAUUUACAGCGGGCAAUUUAGCGAAAUGAGGAAUGAAUAAUUGUGGAAUGAGGAAGAGAGACAGGAGUUGACGAUUCUGACUGUACCAUUUGCGUGGACCAUUCUGUUUCCCAGGACUCGAGGAGACAGAUGAUGAUCUCGAAGAAGUCAGACAAGUCUCCCGCUGAAACGUAAGUUACAAUUGUAUCUAUUACAGAUGUAAAGUUAAAUGCAGGUGUCACAGUUUCCUUUGAGGCGUAUCAUCACGUUUUGGAUUCACCUGUUACUCACAUGCUCUCUAUGCACAAUUCAAUAUAUGACAUUAGCUAUAUCUUUGCCUUCUCUAAACUUGUUUGACUUUAUCUGUAUUUUUCCAAGUCAAUCGUAUUGAAAUUUGUGAUCAAGUUUGGAUUGUGUUCAUACAUUUCCCUUUUUGGUGAUAUAUUUAUUUUUAUUCCUUGACAUCACAGAGGAAAUGAGAGUAAAUCAUGUGAGUGUGGCAUGAUGUGGUGGCAGACUUGAAGCUGUGCCUGUGUGCAUUUUUAGACUUGAUAUUCCCUAACAAAAUAUUUAACAACCCCUACUAAAAUGUCCAUUAAUUAUAAUCCACAUAAUAAUUCACAUUUCCUGUUGCGGCAAGAUUAUUUUCCUGCUGUAGCAAACUGGCUCAAAUUAAGAUCCUACAUCUGUAUGAGUGCCCGGCAGCUGGUCCUGAGGCAGAGAGCAGAGCUGCUGCGUGCCCUGUGCUGUGGUGGCUCUUCUGAGGGUCUGGAGAGUGUAUUGGACCUACUUCUGUCUUGGGGCAUGCUGUUCUGGGAGGACUACCAGAAUGUACUGGUACCAUGCCGUGGUCUGUGUGCCAACACAAGGGUGCUACUAGAUCUGGUGUACACCAAGGGAGAUGAGACCUGUCGUCUGCUUCUGGCUGCUUUCAAACAGGUCAUCCCUGAGGCCCAAAGAGCUGGCCUCUCUUUUGGAAACUGUCGUACUGCCAAUCUAGAAAAUACAAGAGAUGAUACAAAAGAACUACAUGGUACAGCUAUCCAGACCCUCCAGACAGACAGGCCUGAUCUGGUGAGGAGGCUAAAGGACCAUAUUGAAGGAGCUCUGGAGGUCCUGCUGCAUACGGGCAGCUUUACACCAUCUGAUUGCGAUGAAGUGCAGCUACCUGUGUUUACCCCCUCACAACAGGCAAGGCGUCUACUGGACCAAGUCAAAUCAAAGGGGGAGCCUGCAGCAAAGGUCCUACUGCAAUACUUUCAGCAAACAGAGGACCAUCCCCCACCAUCUAACCAAGAGGCUCCUCCCAAAGAGUGCUUGUCCUAUCAGAAGAAGCUGCGCAGCACUGUGUCGGCCCAGUCACAUUUCCUCAGAACGUAUGGAGGAACCAGCAGUCUGUCUCUAGAAGACAUCUACACAGAGGGUCAGCUGGAGCUUGCCCAGGGUGGCAGUGAGGCCCAGCCCCAGACUGGUGCUCUGGGGCUGGAGGACGUGGUGGGCCUGGUGGGCACCCUGAACCAGGAGGCUGACACUGUGCUAGUCUCUGGGGAGGCAGGCAGUGGGAAAAGCACCCUUCUCCAGAGGCUGCACCUCCUUUGGGCUAGGGGGGAGGCUCUACAUGAUUUCUUCCUCCUCUUUUCCUUCAGCUGCCGCAGGCUGAGCUCGGUACAGAGGGAGCUGUCUCUCAGAGAGCUGCUGUUCCUGCACUGCUGCUGGCCGGACGGGGACCAGGACCGAAUCUUUCAGUUCAUCCUGGACCAUCCGCACCUCAUUCUUUUCACCUUCGACGGCCUGGACGAGCUCAUGCAGAGCUUCUCGGACUCAGAGCAGAGGCACUGCUGCCCCACCCAGUGUGCCCCCGUCCCCACCCUGCUCUUCAACUUGCUGCAGGGAUCCCUCAUGAAGGGGGUGAGGAAGGUGGUGACUAGCCGGCCAGAGGCAGUGGGUCCCACCCUGAAGCGGUACCUUCGCAAGGAAGUCCUCUUGAAAGGCUUCUCGCCUGGUGGGAUCGACUGCUUCGUGAGGAAGUAUCAUCGCGACCCGACGGUGGCCACCAGGGUCCUGGAGUGUCUACGAAGCAACACAGCUCUACUGGGCCUGUGUCACAUCCCGGUUUUCUGCUGGAUUGUGUCCAAGUGUUAUAAGGAGCUGCUGGGCUGUGGAGAGGGAGAGGGCAGUCCCCAGACCAUCACAGAUGUUUACCUCAUGAUCCUGCUGCACUUCUUCCAGCGCCGGGCCUCUCAGAGGAACACGAUGGGGAUAGGAUGGGUGCAGGAGCACCAGGAUACUGCCCUGCAUCUGGGGCAGCUAGCCAUGGAGGGCCUGGGGGCCUCUUGUUACAUCUUCACAGGCACAGAGCUACAGAAGUGUGGGGUGACCGAGGAAGAUAUCUGCAUGGGGUUCCUCAUCCGUAGUAAAGACCUCUCCUCCUCCACUAACUGCAAACACUACGAGUUCCUGCACAUUACCAUGCAGUGCUUCUUUGCUGCUCUCUACAUUGUCCUGAACAAUAACUCGGACCGCUCCACCAUCCCUAAGCUCUUUCAGCUGCAGGACAGGCAGCAACAGCCUGGCUUUCACAGGGCAUGUCUGGGGCACUGCUUGACCCAACAAGAAGGGGCCUUGAAGGAGGCCAAUAAGGCAGCAGAGACCCCCAACCUCCAGAUAACAGCCACUUUUGUGUCUGGGCUCUUGGCUCAGCGCCAACGUAGCCUGCUGCUCCUCUCCUGCCCUGGGCCCACUCUGGACAGGAAGUCCAAGCAGGUGGUGAAGUGCCUGUCCAAAGGCAUGCAGAAGCACUUUAAAUCCAUCCCUCGGCCCGUGGAGGGGGAGAAGAAGAGCAUGCACGCCAUGCCGGGCUUCGUGUGGCUCAUCAAGUGCAUCCAUGAGAUGCAGGACAGCAGGAUCGCCAGAGACACUAUGGCUAAGCUAGAGGUGGAACACCUGAAGCUGACCUAUUGUAACAUAGGCCCUGGGGAGUGUACUGCACUGGCCUACGUGCUCCAGCACCUUAGGAACCCUGUGGGGCUUCAGCUAGACUACAACUAUGUCGGAGACGUUGGCGUGGAGCAGCUGCUGCCUUGCCUGCAUGUCUGCCACUCUGUAUACCUGAGACACAAUAACAUAUCAGAUGAGGGAAUUCGUAAAUUGAUUGAAAAAGGCAUCCAGUGUGAGCGCUUUCAGAAGAUUGCGCUCUUCAACAACAAGCUAACUGAUGCCUGCACAGAGUGCUUCGCUCACCUCCUGAAGAUGAAACAGAAUUUUCUCUCUCUAAGGCUGGGAAACAAUAACAUCACAGCAGCAGGGGCAGGGCAACUGGCGGAGGGACUGAGGUUCAAUCGGUCACUACAGUUCUUGGGGCUUUGGGGAAAUAAAAUAGGUGAUAAAGGUGUAGAGGCCAUUGCCAAUGCUCUCAAAGACAGCCAAACCUUGGUGUGGCUCAGCCUGGUAGACAAUGGUGUUGGCAAUGCAGGAGCAUGUGCUCUUGCCCCACUCAUCAAGAACAGUACGCUAGAGGAGCUGUGGUUAACCAAAAACUGCAUCACAAGAACAGGUGUGGAGUGUCUAAUACUGGCUCUUGAAAGCAACACUAGUGUGAAGGCAGUGUGGUUGAGAGGUAAUGAGCUCAGCCCAGAAGAGGUGGAGGAGAUGACACAGCGGGAACCCAGGCUUACAUUUUGAUGAUGCCAAGUGCUGGUCAACUAUACUGGAGUAUUAUUGUUUACAGCCAUGUGUAUGUCUGUUUGUAAUUUAUGUAACUUCUUCAGUAGCAUUUCCCUUAACAUGGUAGUUGUGUUAUUUAUAGGCUAUUAUAUGCUUUUACGUACAUUAUGGAUCAUGUUGGAUGUGAUGUUCUCUAUGAUGUAAACAGUGUGGGCAAGCUUGUUUUAUCCAUUCACAAUAAGUAGCAACUUCUGACCUGCUUUGCUACUACAGGCAGCUUGUUUUAUCCAUUCACAAUAAGUAGCAACUUCUGACCUGCUUUGCUACUACAGGCAGCUUGUUUUAUCCAUUCACAAUAAGUAGCAACUUCUGACCUGCUUUGCUACUACAGGCAGCUUGUUUUAUCCAUUCACAAUAAGUAGCAACUUCUGACCUGCUUUGCUACUACAGGCAGCUUGUUUUAUCCAUUCACAAUAAGUAGCAACUUCUGACCUGCUUUGCUACUACAGGCAGCUUGUUUUAUCCAUUCACAAUAAGUAGCAACUUCUGACCUGCUUUGCUACUACAGGCAGCUUGUUUUAUCCAUUCACAAUAAGUAGCAACUUCUGACCUGCUCUGCUACUACAGGCAGCUUGUUUUAUCCAUUCACAAUAAGUAGCAACUUCUGACCUGCUCUGCUACUACAGGCAGCUUGUUUUAUCCAUUCACAAUAAGUAGCAACUUCUGACCUGCUCUGCUACUACAGGCAGCUUGUUUUAUCCAUUCACAAUAAGUAGCAACUUCUGACCUGCUCUGCUACUACAGGCAGCUUGUUUUAUCCAUUCACAAUAAGUAGCAACUUCUGACCUGCUCUGCUACUACAGGCAGCUUGUUUGGUAGCAUUAUUUUCAUAUUAGUCAUAUUAGUCAUUGUGAUAAGGAACUGGUCUGACACUUGUUUUAUGUAAGCACCGUUGGGUGUGAGCCUAUUUUUUCCGGCUAAUUAUCAAAUAACAGUCAGGUAUUUGAACUGGUACAUCAGUAUUCUUAUGUACCCUACCCUAUUGUACAUUGACUGGCAGUGCUAGUAUGUUUGAUAACAUGGGUUGAUUCAGUGGUAACAUGACUCUUAUUUUAUCAGUGAAUCACUAACAGUGAUUACAUUAGGCCUAUUGUGUCAGUGAUCUAUGGUGGAGAUAGAAUGGCUUGUUACAUUAUGUCACCUUGCCUACUGAGAAAUGUUAAUGUAAGGUUAUAACAUUUUUAAAAUGCACUAUGCAGAAAUCUCUCCUCCGUUUUCUGGUUCGGAAAAAUCGAAUAGUUAAUUUCAGUAUAUGUGACAACAAGCAAGUAUAGUGUAGAGAAUACCAAAAAUUUACAAAUUGCAGCAUUAAUUUGAAGUAAAACAGCAAUUCAGUGUACUAUUAAUAAUAUAUAAUUUCUCCAAAAUAUAAUAUGAAGAAUUCCCAUGCUACUUUUAUCAAUAUUUGCACAUUAUUCUGCACUCAUAACAAGUCAUUUGCAUGUCAACACACACACAUGCCUGGUUUGAAUUACAUGAAUCUGUGUACACUGUACAAGUCACAGUAUAGAAGAUCCCAGACCUAUCAACAGCACUGUUAAUGUGGGAGGCAAUUAAUUAUGUAUAUAAACCCUGCACUGAUGAUGGUUUGUAUUGGCCAUUGAGAGGCUUUGAAGUAGACGUUGACCAAUUAUGAUUUUUCAACGCCGAUACCGAUUGUUGGAGGACCAAAAAAAAGCCGAUACGGAUUAAUCGGACAAUUUAUAUAUAUAUAUAUUUGUAAUUAUAACAUUACUGAAUGAAAAUGAACAAUUUUAUUUUAACUUAAUAUAAUACAUAAAUAAAAUCAAUUUAGUCUCAAAUAAAUAAUGAAACAUGUUCAAUUUGAUUUAAAUAAUGCAAAAAACAAAGUGUUGGAGAAGAAAGUAAAAGUGCAAUAUGUGCCAUGUAAAAAAGCUAAAGUUUUAAGUUCCUUGCUCAGAACAUGAGAACAUGAAAGCAGGUAGUUCCUUUCAACAUGAGUCUUCAAUAUUCCCAAUUGAGAAGUUUUAGGUUGUAGUUAUAGGAAUUAUCACGUGUCAACUAUUUCUCUCUAUACCAUUUGUAUUUCAUAUACCUUUGACUAUUGGAUGUUCUUAUAGGCACUUUAGUAUUGCCAUCCUAAUCUCGGGAGUUAAUAGGCUUGAAGUCAUAAACAGUGCUGUGCUUCAAGCAUUGCUAAGAGCUGCUGGCAAACGCAGUAAAGUGCUGUUUGAAUGAAUGCUUAUGUCACAUUCUGACCUUUAUUUCCUUUGCUUUGUAUUUAUUUAGUAUGGUCAGGGCGUGAGUUGGGUGGGCAGUCUAUGUUUGUUUUUCUAUGUUUUGGGGUAUUUCUAUGUUUCGGCCUAGUAUGGUUCUCAAUCAGAGGCAGGUGUCAUUAGUUGUCUCUGAUUGAGAAUCAUACUUAGGUAGCUUGGGUUUCACUGUGUGUUUGUGGGUGAUUGUUCCUGUCUCUGUGUUUUGCACCAGAUAGGGCUGUUUUUGGUUUUCCACGUUUAUUGUUUUGUAGUGUUCAUGUUUAUCUGUUUUAAUUAAACAUGAAUCAAUAUAA